CUCUCUCUCCCCAAGACACCAUUCUUCAUUUUCUAGAGUCGUAUGAUUCUGGAUGCCUUUGCCCAACAAUGCAGCCGGGUUCUUAGUCUUUUAAAUUGUGGUGGAAAACUACUGGACAACAAUCACUCUCAGUCCAUGAUUUCCUGUGUAAAGCAGGAAAAUACAAGUUAUAAUGAAAGACAAGAGCAGUGUCAGCUGGGGAAAAUGGUCCAUAGUCAGUCAUCAGACAAUUUAGAUAUAGAGAUGCAGUAUAUGCAAAAGAAACAGCAAACCUCAGCCUUUCUGAGGGUUUUUACUGAUUCCCUUCAAAACUAUUUGCUUUCUGGGAGCUUUGCAUCUCAGAACACUUCAUCAGUAAAUGAUUUUGGCCAUUUGGCAGAUGUGGAUCCACUGUCAACCUCUCCAGUGCACACUUUAGGUGGAUGGACAUCCCCAGCAACCUCUGAGUCCCAUGGUCAUCCAUCAUCAUCUACACUUCCCGAGGAGGAAGAGGAAGAGGAGGGAUACUGUCCCCGAUGUCAAGAGCUAGAGCAGGAGGUAAUUUCACUACAACAAGAAAAUGAGGAACUCCGGAGAAAACUGGAAAGCAUUCCAGUUCCCUGCCAGACUGUUUUAGAUUAUUUGAAGACUGUACUUCAGCAUCACAACCAACUUAUGGUACCACAGCCAACAGACCAUCCAGCAGAGGGAAGCAAACAGUUGCUGAACAACUAUCCUGUCUACAUCACUAGUAAACAGUGGGAUGAGGCUGUUAAUUCUUCAAAGAAAGAUGGAAGGCGGCUACUUCGAUAUCUCAUCAGAUUUGUUUUCACAACCGAUGAGCUUAAGUACUCAUGCGGCCUUGGGAAAAGGAAAAGGUCAGUGCAGUCAGGAGAGACAGGUCCUGAAAGACGUCCUCUGGAUCCAGUAAAAGUAACAUGUCUCAGAGAGUUCAUUAGGAUGCAUUGUACUUCCAACCCUGAUUGGUGGAUGCCAUCUGAAGAACAAAUAAACAAGGUUUUCAGUGAUGCAGUAGGACAUGCUCGUCAAGGACGUGCAGUGGGGACUUUUCUUCACAAUGGUAACUCAUAUUAUGAGGGAAUUGACCAUCAGGGUUCACAAGAAGAAAUCUUCAACAGAACUGUCCAAGAGGGAUCUGUAGAUUGAUCUCAGUGGAGGGAAUCUAUACUAGAAAAAGAGCCCGUUAAUUAGAAGAUACUUUACUAGAAAUACUUUCCUUGAAAUCAUUUAAGAAUCCAAAGCAUGUUUGAAGUCACACUGCAAACAUUCCAGCUUUCCCAUCCUGUCUCAGUGCUCCAGUCAACAGAGAAUGAUUCAUUUCAAGGCCCAUCUAUGGGAUCUCUUGGUGCCUAUAAACUGCAAGCCUUUCAUAGAUUCUUGAAAGGAAAACUGCAAUUUCAAUUCAUCUAAUUCUAAAGAAUUUUUUUUAAAGUCUCAAAUUUCUAAAUAAAGAAAAAGUUACUGUAUUGUCUGCUGGCUGACAUUGGGCCCAAUUCUGAAUUACUAGGCAGAACUGAACUCUGGCAGAAUUCCUCAUUACUAUGUGUUAUGCCUGAGUAAAGGGGUUUAGGAUCAAACCCAGAGACUUUUGACAAAGGAAGUAGUCUUCUAUUUUUACUAUAAAGUAGUAUAGAAAAAUUAUAAAAGUUAUCUUAAAAUGUGGAAAUUUCCAUCUCAGGUUAUGUACUGAAGCUCUGAAUAAUAUUUCCUCUGUCUAGCAAUACCGGGAUAUUAAAUGUCCCUGCUAAAACAAGAGUAUUCAUUGGCAACAGAAUCCUUCAAUUAGGAAAUAUCAAAACAGUAACAGGCAUUUCUACACCAAUAAAAAUUUCUCUGUGUAAUUGGUAGAUACUAUAUUUAUCUAAAAUAUUUAGGUAAUCACUGCAGUUUUCCUAAAAAUGAGAUUGCUAUACCAUGAAUUGGCAUUUCAGGAGCCAGUCUCUUUAUUUUGCAGCAGUAUUUUAUAGCUUUAAGGGUACAUUUGCUUGUGCUAUUGUUUGUGUUUUUUUCUCAUUGCCUGAUCUGUUUCAUGGCAGGUGCUGGUCCUAAUGCUCAGAUACUCAAUGGUGCAUAGAGGUAGGGAUUCUGUAAUAAAAGUCCAAUUUAUCCUUUUGGCUAUUGGGCACUAAAGCACAGGUCCCGGACUGAUCGAGAAUUGUAAGCAAAUAUUUGUGAUAGAAAUGAAGCUGAUUCACAAUGGAAUACAAUAUUGGAAGCAGAUAUCAAGGUAAAAAUCUCAAUUUACUGGAGAUUUUCAGUAUCAGAUUUAUGGUGCAUCGUCACAAUGGGACAGCUUUGAAUAACUGAUGCAAUCUAGAAACAUUUAACACCAAAGAACCAACACCCUCCCCCCUCAUUUUUAGCCUUUUUCCGGUCCUCCUGCUUUAGGCGAGUCAGUCUUUCUCCAUCACUACUGGAUUCUUGAAUCAGCUUUUUUUUCUGGAGAUCAUAUUACCUGUUUAGACAUAUUGAACUCUUUCUGUGUGGGUGCAUCUUCUCUAUCUUUGAUCGCCUUUACCUCUACCUCAUCUUUGCCUGUUUUCCUAAGUAUUUUCUACCCCAUCCCUAACCAGGGGGCAUGGACCUAAAGAGCAUCUACUAACUAAUCUCUUCACUUCUGCCCGCUAUAUGGGUGACUACUGGAUGGGGAAACCUAGACACAACAGUCUCCAUAACAGCCAUGAAGGGUGCCUCUGAACCAAGGUGCUCCUAUAACUCCUACUGAAUUGAGGAUGAAGUACAGAGGCACCCUCCCAUAUACUAAUUCCCCAUGCAAUAACUUCCUCAUCUGUCUCCUGUUUGUCUGCCAUUGUGAAUGGUUUCUGCUGUAUGUAGUGCCCUCCCCACUCCAGUCAAGUCAGUGAGACGAAGCACAUCAUCAGCACAGUGCAUCCAUUGAGCAAGAUGGAUUUUCCUUGCGUCAAUUAACAGGCUGUACCUGGAUGGUUUUUCAGGAAACAGUCUGCUGUACGUACCUUUGUAGACACAGUCUAAUACAAUGUAGGCUUGCAGCCCCUCAACUUCCAAUACCUCUUAAUUUUAUUUUUUUCUAAUGUUUAUAAGGGGAUUUUUAAAUCUUCAUUUAACUUAGAAUAACAAAUUUAAUUUCUAAAAAGUAAGUAGUAGUUUAAUUACAUUGGAUGAGACCAUGCCAUCAGUUUUCAAACAGAAUCCCUUACUGUGGUCAAGAGGAGGUUCUGCUCAUAGAUCAAUGGCACAAGAUGGUCCUGUUUGGAAGAAGCUCAGCAUGUGUCUGUCCAUCCACUGGACACACAUUCUGCUAUAGUAGAAGAUAGUGGUCAGGCAGUGCAAGUCCUGCAGGAAAGUCUUAUUGUGAUGACCCUGGCCAGAACUUGGUAAAACAUGUCAGCAUUAUACUAUACGUGAGUAUUUACAACCUGAGUCAGCAUACUGUAAAAACAAUAUAUGUAUCAUGUAUUUUUGUAAACAUUGUGAUGGUUUAUUUCAAAUGCUUAAUUGUAUAAAAUUAAAAGUGAAAACAUUUCACUUUGAAUAACAGAAAAAAUAUAUCACUUCAUUACCAGGUUUCUCUCAAAUAAUAUUGUAGGAAUUUUGUAACCAGGAAGCCUAGUUUUAUUUUUGGUGUAAACAAAAGAGUAGUCAGGCUUCUGCCCUAAAAUGCUGGUCUGACUUCACAAUACUGCCCUUUCCUAUUGUGCAAACUAACCAAAUGUGUGGCCUGAUCUAUGUGUGUAUGUAAAGACUGUUUCUCUUUGUACAUGCGUUUUCAGAAUCAAACCUAUAUAUGCCAAAAUUCUGUCUUCAAUUGCAUGAGUGCACUUAGCACUGAAGCAAACUGGAGUCACAGAUGAGCAGAGGCCAGAAUUUAGAAGUGUUUGCUUUCUCUCUAUAUAAAAAAAAUAUAUAUCCUGCGGGAUGACAGAGUGAUGUCACCAGCAUUGCCCCACCCCUCAGCUCCAGGUAGUUCAUCUGGUCCUUACAUUGCUCUCCUACAAGAGGGGGUCAUCUUAGGCUGCCGUCAUCAGCCUCUGCCCCCGCCCUCUGGCCCAGCCACCUUCCACACUAACCAGCCUCUUCCCCCACAACCUGCAGACUCUUCAUGCCAUGCUACCAUUGCAGCUGGUCAGAACAAGCCCAGAACAUGCACCCCUGCCUUUCCCACUAACCAGCCUGUUCCCCCACAGCCCUACUGGCUGCAGCCCCUCGUCAUGCCACUCCCAACCCCCUUACUCUCACACCCCCCAGCCCAGACCCACACCCUACCCCCCUCACUCACUACCCAGAUGAGACCAUGCACCUCUAACCCCCUCACACACCAUAGUACUACCACCACACACACCCCGGAAGGUUAAAGCGCCAGCACUGGCUUCCUGCAGGGGAUGAGGAGGAGAAAGCCCCAAGGCUCUGCACUUGCUGCUGCUUUCCUUCCCCUUUUCCCCUUCCCCGGCUGGGGGAGCAGCAGUGCAGAGACACGCUUCAAGGAGGCUUUUCCCACUGCUGUUCGCCCAGCCAGCGGUUGGGAAAGAAGCAGCACCAUCGGGGGAGCCUUGCAGCCGUCUCUAUCCCCCUACAAGAAGCCAGCAUUGGGGCUUCAACCUCAGGAGAGGGGGUGAGGCUGGAGCACCAGUGCAGGCUGGGGGGUGGGGUCCCCCUCCCUCAUCACCCUGCUGAGACUCUGCAUCCCCAAACCCCCCACCCCACACACACACAUCCUCUCCGCCAAGACCCCACGCCCCACCCUCUCACGCAUACCCUCUGCUGAGACCCUGCACCCCCAGCCCUCUCUGUCACUAAGACCCUGCAGCCCCAGCCUGCUCCUGCCUCCUCCCCUCCUACUCCUAAGAGAGAGGGGGGUUGGCGAGUGUAGCGAGCAGGGGGCGUGGCCCCCAAGUAUUUUUUUUAAAGUUUCAGAUUACAAAAUCUGUCCUGGGUUUAAUGAUGUGAACUAUGGUCCCUUUGGCUCUUGACCAAAUUCACUUCAUUUAUAACCUUUCACAGCUAUUUAUUCUAACUAGUCCAAGGCAUAUAUUUUCAUUGCAUUAUAAAUCCAUGUGCAUUACUGAGAACACAUCUACAGGAAACUAGGAAUAAUUUCUAGGGAACAUUAGGGACCAGAAAUAACAGACAACAUAUAAGCCAUUGCACAACUAGAUAUCCAUGUUAAAGCUCUGUGUUUUGUAAAGUAUUGUGUUAAUUUAUGGUGCUAUAUGUUCAUGGAAAAUUUGAAACAGAAGGAAGUAAUUUUCACCUCACUCAGAAAAGAGUCCUAACAUCCUUCUGGAAGAUAGAUCCUUGUCUUACAAAUUCUUUACUCUUGCUGUCCUUUAUGUAUCUACUUUCUCUAAAACUGUGUGUAGCAGUACUGCAUACCCAUUAGUGCCAAUCUGCCUUUGCUCUAUUUUCUAUGACAAAUAAUUGUGGAGAAACUGUGAUUAAAAACCCAUUAAUCCUAAUAUUUUUAUUGUUAAGGUGUAGUUAAUUCUAUGAAUACUUUCUAUUGAUGACUGUACUGUGUAGAGUAAAUACAAGUUAGGGAUAGCCUAAUACCAGAUACUGUACAACAGAGUGCAUAGUGUAAUAUAGACUAGUUAGUUUUUUGUGACAAUUUCUAUAGGAUGUGUGAAUUGUUUUCUAUGUGGCGACACACAUUUCUUUUAAAAAUUUAAAACUGUUAGACGGUUUUUAAAGUCAAUAUUUUUUAAUUAUAAAAAACAUUUGUUACUAGAGUUAACUAUUUCAGGUGUUAUCCCUAAUUUGAAUAUUGGUUUUAUUAUUACGUACCUCCAGUUCCAUUUGUUCUGUUGCAUAACAAUGCACAAUAAAAGUUAG